AUAAAAAAAAAUUGUUACUAUUAUUAUUUUUUGUUAGUAGUGUUGAAUGUAAUCUUUCAAGUAUCUUCCUCUCAAUAACUCUAUAAAUAAACACUUAUGGGUCUCUCCAAAAUACACAAUCCUUAUCUUUAGAACAGAACAAUAAUUUCAUAUAUAUCUUUUACAAAUCAAAACUCCAUUUCUGUUGCUUUCUCCUCAAUUACAAUGGGUUCCAUCUCAUUACUAGCAAAACCUCACGCCGUUUGCAUACCCUUCCCAGCUCAGGGACACAUAAAUCCUAUGCUUAAACUAGCCAAACUCCUCCACUCCAGAGGGUUUCAUAUAACCUUCGUCAACACAGAGUUCAACCACAAACGCCUCCUCAAGUCUCGUGGUCCCAAUUCUCUUGACGGUCUCCCUUCGUUUAGGUUCCAAACCAUCCCCGACGGUCUCCCUCCGACCGACGUAGAUGCCACCCAAGACAUACCCUCUCUUUGUUACUCAACUCCUAGGAAUAGCUUAGUACCUUUUAAAAACCUUCUUGCCAACUUGAACUCUUCUUCAUCCGGAGUUCCUCCGGUCACCUGUGUCGUUUCCGAUGGGGUAAUGAGCUUUACUCUUGACGCAGCUCAAGAGCUUGGUAUCCCAGAAGUUCUCUUCUGGACCACUAGUGCUUGUGGUUUUCUGGGUUACGUUCAUUACAAGGAACUCGUCCAGAAGGGUCUUACUCCAUUAAAAGAUGAGAGUUAUCUUACAAAUGGUUAUCUGAAUACUCCAAUAGAUUGGAUACCAGGUAUGAAAAAUAUCCGAUUAAGGGAUAUACCCACCUUCAUGAGAACAACUGAUCCAAACGAUAACAUGCUACAAUUUGUGUUAACUGAAACCGAAAGAGCACAUAAAGCUUCAGCAAUAAUCCUAAACACAUUUUACGAUCUAGAACGCGAUGUAUUGGACUCACUCAACACCAUUCUGACACCACCCGUUUACUCCAUUGGCUCCUUAAGCCUCUUAGCCAAUCAAAUACCUUCCACCAUUCCCAACUCCGACGUUGGGUCAAACCUCUGGAAAGAAGAUCCCACUUGCCUCGAUUGGCUUGAUUCUAAACAACCCAGCUCAGUCGUUUACGUUAACUUUGGGAGCAUCACCGUUAUGACACCGGCUCAACUUACCGAGUUCGCAUGGGGACUAGCCAACAGCGAAAAAACGUUUCUUUGGGUCAUACGUCCCGACCUUGUAGCCGGCGAAACGGCUGUUCUUUCGCCGGAAUUUGUGGCGGCGACGGAGAACCGGAGUUUGUUAACGAGUUGGUGCCCUCAAGAAGAUGUUCUUAACCACAAGUCGGUCGGAGGUUUCUUGACUCAUAGUGGGUGGAACUCGACGCUGGAGAGUAUCUGCGGCGGCAUUCCGAUGCUGUGCUGGCCAUUCUUCGCUGAGCAACAGACUAAUUGCAGGUACAGCUGUGAAGAAUGGGGAAUCGGUAUGGAGAUUGAGAGUGAUGCCAAGAGAGAUGAGAUAGAGAGUUUGGUGAUUGAGUUAAUGGAUGGUGUAAAGGGUGGUACCAUGAAGAAGAAAGCUCUGUUGUUGAAAAACAUGGCGCUUGAAGCAACCACUGCCGGUUCCGGGUCGGGUGCGGGAUCAUCUUUUGUGAAUUUUGAGAAGGUUGUUCACCACCUGCUACAAACUCAAUCUUUGACCGAUUAACACAGAUUGAAUUUGCUUCCCUCCAUCAACUUGGAAUUACUGUAGUAAUUAUUGAGUCUUUCUUUGACUAUAGUCUAUAUGCAUACACACGUGUAUCGUCCGCCCUUAUCUUUGUGCAAGCAAAUUAAUGUUUUUAUUUUUUAUUAUUUUAAUUUAAUUUGUUUAUGUUAAA